CGCGGCUUAUAUCAUUUAUACGUGGUACGUGCGAAUCCCAAGGGAAGUCCGCCAACGCCGUGUAACAUCUUCGAAAAGAUUGCUUGACACACUUGCCGGGUGCGGCUUCUACUUCGUGAUAUUCAUGGUUGCAUUCGCUUGGGGCAUGGGUGCUUCAAGGAUCAAUGACAACAGGCAUAGCGUACAGGACAUCAUCGCCGGUGCAUUACUAGGUGGAGUAUACGGAGCGUUAUUUGGUGUAAGAGCGGUAUUCAAUCACGCGGACGUGAAUGAGGAAGACAGGGAUCAUGAUACAAGUGUUGGUAGUCAUGGCGAAAGUUGCAAUAACAAAUCUUACUCGUAUAACUAA